GUCUCCUUCAACGCCGUGUGGAUUUCAUACGCGCACACGGUUUUCGCGUACUCCGCCUUCUUUUCGGCCUUGAUCGUAGGCUGUUUGCUCCACUACGAGAAGAUCGUUGAAAACUCUCUGUACGGCUACCCUGAUGAGUGGUUCCCCAGCGUGUCCGCUGCCAUUGGCGACCGCUACCCGGAGAGAUCGCUCUUCCAGCUUCUCAUCGCGCUCACGGCCGGGCCGCGCUUUCUCAUGAUCUUGUUGCUCUUCCUUAGACUCCACAACCCCCAGAAGACCACUUCUAGCUACGUGUUGCUCGUGUCGGGGCUUGUGCGUACCUUUACAUGCGGGGGCUGGGUGUACAUCACCUCCUCCGACGACCACGACUUUCACGACAUUUUUAUGAUUGCGUACAUCGUAUUGACCAUCCCCUGGACCGUUGCCGUGUGCAGGUUGACGCCGUCUGGAGGUAUUAAGCGUGCCAGGGUAGCCACCUGCUUGGCCUUCUUCUUCACAUUGGUGCCGUUGGUGUACUUUUUCAUCCAGCACAAGGUCCACGUGGUUGCGGGCGCUUACUCAAUCUACGCAUACUUCGAGUGGGCGUUGAUCUUGUUAGAUAUCGGAUUUGACAUAUUUACAAUGUAUGACUUUGACGGCUUGACCGUUGAGAUUUCGGAGGGAAAGGUUGAGCUCAAGAGCUCUACGGCCAAACCCGUCAAGGCUGCCACCCCUGCUGCGUCUGCAUCCUGGUUCGGCUUCACGGUCAACACCAUCAACUCUUUCAUGUUCUUCUCUAUGCUCACCUCCUUGUUCUUGUGCGUGUGGCACUUUCCGCUCUGGCACAUGGGUGUAUCGGGCUACGAGUUGUCCAUCGUCGCCAUCUGCUCACCAAUCUUUCUUACCGUGCCCUUUGUCCGCAAACUUGUGGUGGCCUAUCCCCAGGUCUCCAGAGUUGGCUCGGUGCUCGCGGGGAUCGGCUCCUACAAGUUUGAGGAACCAGAAAACAGACUUCUUGUCGCGGCGUUGGGUAACGCCCUCGCGUUUAUCUCGCUUGGGGGCGAGUUGAUUGCCGCCAGACUGGUUUCGGAACAGGAAGUGCGCAACUACGGUACCAGUUUCAUCACCGGGUUGCUCGGCACCGUAGUGGUUAAGUAUGGCUGGUUUACAAACAACCCGAUCUGGCCAAUCAUGAACGAAACCAAUGGCGGUCACAACCUCACCGGGCUUGUGGUCGGUAUCAUCGCUGCCUUGCUCACCUGCGGAAAGGCUCCUAAGGCUCUGUCUGCCUCCCCUAGAGGCGGCUCCAUUCUCUUGGCUGCGUUGGGUCUCGGCGGUUACCUCUUCUCCCUUCAUGCCAUGUUGACCGAUGCCUCCACGCUCAUCUAUUGGUCCUGGGAAGGCUAUCCAGCCAAUGGCCCUAUCCCUGUCAAGCACUCCAUCCUCACCAUGCUUGCAGUCGCUACAGGGUGCCUGUUGUCCGCCUUUGCCCCUCGCCUUACGUCGUCCUUAAGCUUCUCUGUGUUUGGUUUGGGCUCGGCCUAUGUGCUAUACACGUACAUUGAGCUUGUCUCCUACAUCGGUGGCUGGUGCUACGCGGUGUAUCUCGCAGCCAUGGCCCCAGUGAUCUUCAUCUCCACCACCAGCACCUGGGGUAACGCCGGUGUUGUGCUUGGUUUUGCCUCUUUCAUCCAGGUAGUGAUUUCCUUGGGCCAUGUCUGGGUAGUUGCCUAUGCCUUUGUUCCAGCCGGAGAGCUUCUCCGUGAGAGAAGCGAUUUGGUCUUGGGCUUCAGCACCGUGUGCGUGGUUUUGGGCACUUUGAACUACAAGCUUGUUGCUGAGAAGAAUAUCCCUAGCGAGAAAUCUACAAAGCCUCAAUCCUCCAUUGCCAAAAUUAUGGUGACGUAUCUCGUUCUCGUCUUGGCCUUGGGUGGCUACUUCACGUAUGAGCGGAUUCCAACCACCCCGGUUCCGUUUAAUGCCGAAUCACGCAGCUUCACCGCCGGUAUCUGGACAAUCCAUUUUGGGAUUGACAACGAUAUGUGGGCGUCCGAGGACCGUAUGAGGGACUUACUCAUGGAUGCCCAGGUGGACAUUGUGGGAUUGUUGGAGAGUGACACCCAGCGGAUCAUCAUGGGGAACCGCGACUUGACCAUGAAGCUUGCCCACGACAUGGGCUACUAUGUGGAUUUUGGUCCCGGCCCGCAUAAACAUACCUGGGGUGCUGCCUUAUUGUCCAAGUUUCCGAUAAUUGCGUCCCACCACCACUUGUUACCGUCUCCAGUGGGAGAGUUAGCUCCUGCUGUCCACGCCACCUUGGAUAUCUACGGUGAGGAGGUGGAUGUGGUGGUUUUCCACAGUGGUCAGGAAGAGGAUGAGGAGGACAGAAGAUUGCAGUCGUUGGCCUUGCAAAGAAUUAUGGGUGACUCCCACAGACCGAUGAUCUUGUUGAGUUACUUGGUCACCGAGCCAUUGCAGGGUAACUACAACACUUAUGUCAGCGAACAGUCCAGAAUGAGAGACAUUGACUCCACCGAUGACGACAGAUGGUGCGAGUACAUUUUGUUCAGGGAUUUAAACAAGGUGGGCUGGGCCAGAAUUUCCAGAUCCACUAUCACCGACACAGAGUUGCAGAUUGCCAAGUUCAAGUUGCUUGAGAAGCCGUCGGAGGAGUACAGCGAAGAUGAGUUGUACGGAAAUAACUUUAUCAAGGAGAACCAAGUGGACGAACUGUUGAGGUUCCCACUGUGUUUCUACGGCGAUGGUGUCAGAGACCACAGAUACCAUGUGUUUGACGAGCCUCGUUAUUUUGAG